AUAUUCGUAAGUGUACUUUUUGUUUAAAUAAAAGAAGGAUUUGGUAGGUUACUUCCAAUGUCACUGUCUUUUUUUUAAGGGUUGAUAGAAGAAGAGGAAGUCCUUUGGAAUUGGUAAGAUGUGCAAAUAUAAUUUUUUUUCAAUUUGUUCAAGUCGUGCAGAAUUUAUAUAUGCUAUAGUCGUUGGGUUCUUGCUUGACACUUGGGGAUAAGAUAUUAACAUCUUUGACCUUAGCAUAUAAAAUAAUCUAGCGGUUGCUUCUUCUUCUCCCCUCUAUAUGCAGAAGAAGAUGUCACAAUCAAACCUUCUAGAUAAAUUAAAGUCUUUCCAACAGUAAUAGAUAAACUGCAUCAACUUUCUUAUCUUAAAUCUUUUCUUUCAGCACAACUUACAGAGCUAAGAAUAGAGUCUCGAGCAUGUAAUUCUCAUAUGAUCUUAUUAUUAACUCUAAGGUAGAAGACAAUGAACAAAAGUGUAAUAAGGCCAGACCAUGACACAGUUUACUCAUAAUAAGAAAAAAUGUUCUCAAAAGAUAUGAGCAUUAAGCAUUUUGGUCGUUUGCUAACAUAUCUCAUCUAAUGAUGAUGUACUUAAAAAACAUCAGCAGAGAUUGUGAGAACCUUUACUUGUGGAGACCAAGACUGGUUUAAACUUUAAAGGCAUCAAGUAACUCAUUUUAUUAUCUUCCUAUAACCUUGGCAAUCUGAGUCUCCAUGACCACUGACUUUUACAUUAACUUAUCCACAAAUUUCUUCUUCUCCUAAACUUUGGCAAUCUGAGUUUGCUUUUUCAAGUAUAGGACUAAACGGCCAAUUCCAAGUAAUGGGGGGUCUGUUUAGAAAUAACAUAGAAAUAUAGGUGGGUUUUUCUGAGUUUUCUCAAGAGGCUAUUUCCAAAUAUAGAAACUUUACAUUUUCAUGCAUUUUCAAUAAAUGUGAGCUCUAAAGACAGAGCAGAGUUUGGUGAGUAGGGUUUUAAAUAUAUCAUUGCCUUUGAUUCUUCUCAUCUCUCCAAAAAAAGCGACUCAGGGUUCUCGAACAAUGUCUCAUCUUUUCAGCCGAGUCUCCAAGAAGCUAUCAUCAUUCUCAAGCCGGAGCCUCUCUUUCCGGCGGUCCAAUUUCUCGACGGUGACGACACCUUACCUCCUCCUCGGCAGAGACGUCGUCGGAGACUCUCCCUGCGGCGGUAAACUCGUCAACUUUAACCUCUACGAUCCCAAGUCUCAAAAGCACGUAAAGAUAGAAAACCAGACUCUAACAAAAGAGCUCAACGAGUCUAAGUGGAUAGGCUCAUCAAGAGGAUGGUUAGCUUCAACGAACAAGAACGACUCCACUGUCCAUCUCUUCAACCCCUCGAAGAAGAAGACCAUAUCCUUACCUCCACUAACCAGAGACAAGUUCGAACAUCUUGUCAAUGUCUCCGUCUCCUCCUCUGACUGUUGUGUAGUCGCCGUCAAGUUCUACGGCUCUCGAGUCAGCCUUUGUCGACUCGGCGACUCGGAGUGGACUCGCGUCGACGUGCCUUGCCCAUCUUUCCACUCUUCUACUAUCAUUUACUCGGAGAGAGACGAGAGAUUCUACUUGAACAACUGCAACCCUGACUACACCGGUCCAACCGAUUUCACACCAACAUCAAAUCCCGGUUUACUCACUCCGGUUAGUGGCUACAAGAGGUUUCCCUUCUUUAACUUUCUAGAUGAGAUGCCAGAGGAGGAGGAAGAAACGUGUCUCUCACGUUUCAAGAUCCAACAGCAACUAGUCCAGUCAUCUUCUGGCCAAUCCUUCAUCGUUUGUUGGUUUGUCGAAAGGUUUAAUGACAAAGGUGAAGCUGCGCCAUGGGGAGACACGAGUUACAACAACAACAUGGAAGGCCUUUGCAAGAAGACUCACAAGAUCAUGGUCUUUAGGCAAGACGAAGAGCAAGGUCUUGGUCCUUACACUGAUGAUAUUGGCGAUCUCUGCAUUUUCUUGGGGGACAAUGAAGCUUUUUGUCUCUCUGCCAAGGACUACUCUGGUCUUAACCCUAAUUCGGUCUACUUUGCGGGCCAUGGUUCUGGUUUUGGGAUCUGCGAUCUCGCAUCUCGAACCAUCUCUUAUCUCUCCGACUCUCCUCCACCAGGUCGCAUGUUCUGGAUUCCUCCCAGCUCCGCAUAGGAGCUAGAUGAAGGCAUUUAGGUUGUUUUUUUCAUGUGGUUGAUUUGGUGUUUUGAACUUAUAUCUUUCUAAUUUAUUAGGACUUCUGUGUCAUCGUUUUGACAAACAUCACUGGUUGUCGAAAUAUGGUUUCAUUAUUAAAUUUAUUAUUAAUCCUGGUAAUAGUAUUGCUUUUCAAAGAAAGGUUAACCCCUCUUUAUUUUACUUAUUGAUAUUGUGCAUUCCAUUUUUCAAGUUUCGGAUAUUGGAUUCAAGAGGAUUCCAUUUCUCAGCUAUUCCAUGUUACCAGCUAGUGACUUGGUUAAAGUCAUCCAGAUGGUUGCAUGGUUUAAACUAUUGAUAAGUUAUAAAAUUAUCAUCCAAAUGUUUAGUUGAUUUGAUUAUCAAGCGAGAUAAGGUCAUAUAUAUGUGAGUGUUUCGGCACUUAUGAUUUUAAGCUAUUCCCCUUGAGGCCUCAUAGUGGCUAAAUGGUUAUUUCCUCUGUUGUGAUGUGGUCUUCGGUUCAGCUUAAUCUCUCGGUUUGUAUGUGAUUACCGGUUUUGCAGCUGUGAGCUGGUUGAAGAUGAGAAGCGAGACGGUGACGGUUUGGAGGAGAAUCUUCUAAUGGGCUUCGGGUUUGUUAAACCCACAAUAUAACCCAAAGUGGUAGAGUUCUUAAUCUGUGUACGAUAACAAAUUUAUUAUAUUAAUUAAUGUGUAAUAUCUCUGAACCCUGAUUACUAUUAUUAACACAUAUAGAGAGUUUUCUUUUACUUUUUCUUUCUUGGAUAACAUCCCAUUUUCGAACAUAGAAACUAGAAAACCAAAACUAAAAAUGUAAUAAGUAAAAAACUUUAUUUGGUCAAAGGUGAUCCUUCUGAAACACUCACUCAUUGCAUGUGUCAAUAUCCGAUCAUCUGGUUCAACUAUUGAAAGUCUUUUAUAUUAUCUUAAAAAUAUGUAAUCCUUAUUAUUUUAUACGGCAGUGUCACAGCGAAUAUCAGGUGUAACAACAUUCUUUGAUUUUCUGUAUCAUAAGAAUAUAUAUAUACAGUUCUUAAUUGCAUACACCAGAGCAAGUCUAUACCAAAGCAAGUCUACCCCAGAGGUCCGAAGGCAACUGCAUUAAAGUUAAUGAAGCUUCAUCAUAAGCGAUUAGGCGUCAACUACUCAUUGAUAUUUACUACUAUGAUUUUUUAAUAAAAUUUUGGGAUAAUACUUAUUACUACAACAACAACUUAGCAGUAGUACAUAAGAAGUUCUAAAUACGAUAGUGAUGCGUUUAUUUAAAAAUAAAAGCUCCACGGAAAAAAAAAUUUGUAAUAAGGAAA